UGCUCGAUGUGGAGGUCGUGUCUCUCUGCGAUCAAACAAUGUUAUGUGGGUAUGCAAUUUAUGUCGAAAGCAACAAGAAAUCUUAACAAAAUCCGGAGCGUGGUUUUUUGGAAGUGGACCACAGCCAUCACCCAGCCAGGAUGGAACACUGAGUGAUACGGCAACUGGUGCAAGCUCUGAUGCACCGAGAGAAAAGAAAGCCAGGCUUCAAGAGAGGUCAAGAUCACAGACUCCUUUAAGUACAGCAGCUGCCUCAUCACAGGAGAUCUCUCCUUCCACUGUUCAAUCCGAUCAGAGGAAAGGAGCUGAAGUAUCGCAGCCAGCUAUGGGCCUGGAGCAAAAGCAAGUUUCAUCAAGGUCUAGAAGUGAGCCUCCAAGAGAGAGGAAGAAGACGUUGGUUUCAGACCAGAAUGGCAAAGUUGUAAAGGGUGAGCGUAAGCGUGUGCCAAAAGCCUCACUUCAAAAAGAAGGACCAGCAGGUGAUAGGGAACGUAAAGAAAGGCAUGAAAAUAGAAGACUGGAAAAAGGGAAGUCACAAGACUAUCCCGACUUGCCAGAAAAACUUGAGGAAGGCAAAGUGCCUGAUGAUGAAAAACAAAGGAAGGAAGAUGAAUAUCAUACUCGGUACAGGAGUGACCCCAAUCUGGCAAGAUACCCUGUUAAACCACAUCCUGAGGAACAGCAAAUGCGCAUGCAUGCCAAGGUUUCUAAAGCACGGCAUGAGAGAAGACACAGUGAUGUAGCUUUGCCACACACAGAAAUGGAGGAAGCGGAGGUACCUGAGAAUAACUUAGGAAAACGCUCACAAUUACAGGGAACUCAGGACAGAAAAUCUCUUGUGGAAACUCAGAGGUCGUACUCUAUAGACAGAACAGGUGAUGUAAGAAUUUCUGUUUCUAAACAAUUAACUAAUCAUAGUCCACCAACUCCCAGGCAUAGUCCAGUUCCCAUAGAGCACGUAGAAUACAAGAACCACGAUACCUUUAAAAAACAGAGCCGCCUUGAUCCUAGCUCUGCUAUUCUCAUGCGAAAAGCAAAGCGGGAGAAAAUGGAGACCAUGCUAAGGAAUGAUUCCCUUAGCUCUGACCAGUCGGAAUCAGUGCGGCCAUCCCCUCCAAAGCCUCAUAGAGCAAAAAGAGGCGGAAAGAAAAGGCAGAUGUCAGUUAGUAGCUCAGAGGAAGAAGGGGCAUCAACACCAGAAUAUACUAGCUGUGAAGAUGUGGAGAUAGAAAGUGAAAGUGUCAGUGAAAAAGGUGACUUGGAUUAUUACUGGCUGGAUCCUGCCACGUGGCACAGCAGGGAGACAUCUCCUAUUAGUUCGCAUCCAGUAACGUGGCAGCCUUCUAAAGAGGGAGAUCGCUUAAUUGGGCGUGUUAUUCUUAACAAGAGAACAACCAUGCCAAAAGAAUCAGGUGCAUUACUGGGGCUAAAAGUUGUUGGAGGAAAAAUGACAGAAUUAGGACGACUCGGUGCCUUCAUUACCAAAGUGAAGAAAGGUAGCUUGGCUGAUGUGGUGGGGCAUCUCAGAGCAGGAGAUGAAGUUCUAGAAUGGAAUGGUAAACCCUUGCCUGGAGCUACAAAUGAAGAAGUUUACAACAUUAUUUUAGAAUCAAAGUCAGAACCUCAAGUUGAAAUUAUUGUUUCAAGGCCUAUUGGUGAUAUUCCUCGGAUUCCUGAGAGUUCUCAUCCCCCAUUAGAGUCCAGUUCAAGUUCUUUUGAAUCUCAGAAGAUGGAAAGACCUUCUAUUUCUGUUAUUUCUCCAACCAGCCCUGGAGCCCUACGGGAUGCACCACAAGUCUUACCAGGGCAGCUUUCUGUGAAACUGUGGUAUGACAAGGUGGGACAUCAGUUAAUAGUGAAUGUUCUACAAGCAACAGAUUUGCCACCAAGAGUAGAUGGACGGCCAAGGAAUCCCUAUGUAAAAAUGUAUUUUCUUCCAGACAGGAGUGAUAAAAGUAAAAGGAGGACCAAAACAGUAAAGAAAAGUCUAGAGCCAAAAUGGAACCAAACUUUUCUCUACUCACAUGUCCAUCGUAGAGAUUUUAGAGAACGAAUGCUUGAAAUAACAGUAUGGGAUCAGCCAAGAGUCCAAGAAGAAGAGAGUGAAUUUCUUGGAGAGAUUCUAAUAGAGCUGGAGACAGCGCUUUUAGAUGAUGAACCACAUUGGUAUAAACUACAGACACAUGAUGAAUCUUCACUACCUCUGCCUCAGCCAUCACCUUUCAUGCCAAGAAGACAUGUUCAUGGUGGAGAAAGCUCUAGCAAAAAAUUACAGAUAGGUUAUAGAUCUAGCACUAGAGAAAGUAGAUCUACAACACUAACUGUGCCAGAACAGCAAAGAACAACACAUCAUCGUUCACGAUCUGUAUCUCCUCACCGUGGCGACGAUCAGGGCAGGACCCGUUCACGUUUACCAAAUGUGCCAUCACAGAGGAGUUUAGAUGAAAUUCAUCAAAUGAGAAGAUCACGUUCUCCAACUAGACACCAUGAGGCCUCCAGAAGUCCAGCUGAUUACAGAUCCAGAGACAUGGAUAGUCAGUAUUUGUCUGAUCAAGAAAGUGAGCUUCUUAUGCUGCCCAGAGCAAAACGAGGAAGAAGUGCAGAGUGCCUACAUACCAUCAGAAGUUCUGUUAGUCAUUAUAAAACAUUACCACCCAAGAUGCCUUUACUAGAAAAUGGUAUUCAUUGGAACCUAUACAGCUCAACUCUUCCUGCAUGUGCUAAGACCAAAUCAGUGGUUAGACAGGAUAUUUCUCUCCUUCGUGAUUGCCUUAAUUCACGAAUUCCGAAAUUUGGAGAUGAUCUACUGGUUAGUGAACUACAGCCCUCCCUUGACAGGGCUAGGAGUGCUAGUACCAACUGCUUGAGACCAGAUACUAGUUUGCAUUCACCAGAACGAGAAAGGCAGUCCAGAAAAGUGGAAAGAUAUAGCAGCCAAAAACAAACUAGGAAAGGCUCCGCAGCUGAAACAGAAAGAAUACAUCAACAAGGAAGUCCCACCCAGUCUCCUCCUGCAGACACAUCCUUCAGCAGUCGCAGGGGAAGACAGCUACCGCAAGUUCCAGUAAGAAGUGGCAGUAUAGAGCAAGCAAGCUUAGUAGUGGAGGAGCGAACAAGGCAGAUGAAAAUGAAAGUGCACCGUUAUAAUCAGACGUCAGGGUCUGGUUCUAGUCAAGAACAUGAGCGUGAGCAAUAUACCAAGUAUAACAUACAAACAGAUCAGUACAGAAGUUGUGAUAACGUCUCUGCCAAAUCAUCAGAUAGUGAUGUCAGUGACGUAUCAGCCAUUUCGCGAACCAGCAGUGCCUCACGCCUCAGCAGCACAAGUUUUAUGUCAGAGCAAUCUGAACGCCCUCGGGGCAGAAUCAGUACAUUUACUCCUAAAAUGCAAGGCAGACGGAUGGGGACUUCAGGGAGAAUCACUAAGAGCACAAGUGUGAGCGGAGAGAUGUAUAAGCUGGAGCACAAUGAUGGGAGUCAGUCGGACACGGCUGUCGGCAUGGUUGGAACAGGUGGGAAGAAAAGGCGUUCCAGUCUUAGUGCCAAAGUGGUUGCCAUAGUGUCUCGAAGGAGCAGAAGCACAUCUCAACUUAGCCAAACAGAGGCUGGCAAUAAGAAGCUAAAGAGCACGAUACAAAGAAGCACAGAGACAGGAAUGGCUGCAGAAAUGAGAAGUCGUAUGGUUCGACAGCCAAGUCGAGAAUCCACUGAUGGCAGCAUAAAUAGUUACAGCUCUGAGGGCAACUUAAUAUUUCCUGGGGUACGGCUGGGAGCUGACAGUCAGUUCAGUGAUUUCCUUGAUGGACUUGGACCUGCACAAUUAGUAGGCCGACAAACACUAGCAACUCCUGCCAUGGGUGAUAUCCAGAUUGGCAUGGUGGAUAAGAAGGGCCAGUUAGAAGUAGAAGUCAUUAGAGCCCGUGGCCUCACACAAAAACCUGGCUCCAAAUCUACCCCAGCUCCAUAUGUCAAAGUUUAUUUAUUGGAAAAUGGAGCAUGUAUAGCAAAGAAGAAGACAAGAAUUGCACGGAAGACCCUUGAUCCUUUGUACCAACAGACACUAGUUUUUGAUGAAAGUCCACAGGGUAAAGUCCUUCAGGUAAUAGUCUGGGGAGACUAUGGCCGAAUGGAUCACAAAUGCUUCAUGGGUGUUGCCCAGAUCCUUCUGGAGGAAUUGGAUCUGUCCAGUGUGGUAAUAGGCUGGUAUAAAUUAUUCCCACCUUCAUCACUAGUGGAUCCAACCUUGACUCCCUUGACACGCAGAGCUUCCCAGUCGUCUCUGGAAAGUUCAACUGGGCCUCCCUGCAUUAGGUCAUAGAAGCAGGUGCUGCCUAAUAAAACAUCACCCAGGAUAACGAUUGGAACCAGAUAUUCACACGAUCAAAAACACUGUUGGAGAGAGACAAUCACUUCUGUUUUUGCUUGUAGUAGUUAUCCAAAAAUAUGUCUGAAUUGUUUGUCAAGAGACGGCUUACAUUGAUGGAACAAAAGUAUAUAACAUACAGCCAAACUGUCUGUCUAUCUCUGAUGCUUUUAAUGAUCCAAAGCCAAACAAAAAAAUAUUAAAAAAUUAAAAAAGAGAGAGAGAGAGAGGGAUCUUUAGAUUCAAAUUAAGUCAAAUAUGAGCCAAACUGGAAGCUCUCACUCUGUUAACAACAUUGUAUUUUUCACAUUUUGACAGAGCCCUCAAGCAGUGUUAACUUCCUGGUGUUUCAGAAGUUUUUCUGUAUUUGUUACUUCCACUAGUUUUUUGCCAUGUGAUUCUGCUAGUUUUGUAGAAGUCCUCACAACGCUAACAGAGACCCUUCCUUUCUUUUUCUAAACCAAACAAAAAAAAAGGGCUGAAGCUUAUCUCUGUAAGCAUCGUUAAAGUGUUCAGCAGCCAGUUAUGAUUCCAGCACGUUCAAAUCAUUUCUUGGUUCUGGUGCUGCAAAGUCUCCCAUGUGGGAACCCAGAACAAAUGAGCAACCGAGGUUAUAUUCUUAAAAGUAACUAAUCAUCACAGUGCCACUUUUUCUUUGUAAAAAGCAGAUAUGUUUGCAUUAUAUAUACUAACUUUUACGUUUAUGAUGUUUUGCAUGGAAGAAUUUUGAAGAAUUCUGCAACUAAUGCUGGGGACUGGUAUAAAGCAGCUUUAUUCUUAAUUUUGACAUAGAAUAUGUUACUGGUAAUGCAGUUUUCCUCCUAGAAAUGGAGAGGGAAUACUUACGUUUCUGUGUAUAAAUGUAUAUUUGACUUCCCAAAACGUUGACCAGGAAUGGAUUGAGCAUAUGACACUUUCAGCUGUACCCAGGCUUCUCUCACGUGUGUCGCUUCAGACACACCUGUCUGCCCUGGAUAGAGCAUGGUAUGAGUUGUUCAGUGUUUCACUGGAAAUUCCAGUUGAAAUAUUCUGCACUUACUAAUGUUUUUAUCAAAUUUUAGUUUACAUUUCUUUGAGAUUGAUGCAAGCACAAGGCUUGAUUUUUUAACGCAAGAUAUCUUACUUUUUGGAGAAAAAAAGUCAAAUUUCAAUUUGCUUUUUAUUCAUUUGAGUUCUUCUUGGCCUUGAAAUCCCUUGUGAUAUCCUGUAAAUGUGCUAAAAACUGCAGAUUCUGCAGGUGCAUUGUUAUGUUUCCCCUCCUUUUACAGGCCAUUCGAUUUUGUGGUCACACAAAUAGAGCAGCAUGACUUGGAACUGUUCAAAGCUGCAUGCACGUUUUGUAAAAAGAGAUGAAAAAGGUUAUUUAAUAAUGUAUGUUAGUUCCACAUAGGCCAGCUUGUAUGUUGCAUGUACUUGUACAGUUUGCUCGUAAUUACAAUACUGAAGUAACCAAGAAAUCUAAGCCAUCCAUUUUUCUUAUAGACAUUUUGCAGGUUUUAGCCAGGCUAGGUCUGUGAGUCUGGUGCUAAAUGUCUAUAGAUGGACUUUAUUUUUUACCCUAUGGAAAACGUGAUGUAGUAUGGACCAAAUUCCUUCUAAUAAAUAUUUUGGUGUAGAUUCCUACUGUGGGGUUGUAACACAUGUAGAAACUGUGUACACACUAGGUUUUAACUCAUAGACAUACUGCCUGCACCACGUGAACUAUUUAUUAUUACUCAACACGUUGGAAUUACUCUGCCCAUCUUUCCAUAGGGCACAGAUUGGUACUGCUCGACCUGCUGAGCAGGAAGAACUCAAGCAUUGGUGCACUACUACUAGAUCCUGUUCUGUCUUAGUGGCCAAAAACCAACUAGUUAUAAUUCGAUAGUAACUUUCUAUUCUGACCACUUGUCUUAACACUCCCCUGUGCUUUUAAAUGAACUUCCAACUCAUAUUAUGUAAACAUGUUUAAUAAAAUUUCCUUUUCAUGUCCAGUGUAGUAGUUGUGCUCUCUGUAUGUUCUGAGGUUCACCUGUGAUUCUGCUCGCUGCAGGACUGUGUGAAAUGUGUUAAGGAACAGUAAAAUGAUAAGUAACUUCUAUGGUUCGUUUGAUCGAUGUAAUAGUGUAUGUUGAAAUCUGGGACCAGAAUCUGGGGCCUGGUGAAAGUUGUGUUUGGUUGGCUGCCUUCUCACCGUGAAAGGAGCCAAACUGUGCUCUCAGUUACUGAAGCAGGCCAAUUAAAGUCACUUAGCCAAAUUGCAAUCUGGUGAAAUCUGAUCAGUUUGUUUGCAAUGAGUGUUGCUGCACCUGCUCGCACCAGGUCAGCAGGAUGGUGCAUGUCAGCUCAGUGUUUGGUGUGGGCCGAGCCGUUAAGAGGUGAGAACAACUUCUUACCCUUUGCCCUUUCUAAACCCAGAAAUAUGCCGUUGUUCUGUCGUGCCAUGAUGGAUCCUGCUUUAUAGAAACAUACCUGAGAGCAGAAUUUGGCACUAAAUUUUGUUAGAGAAUUAAAGAUGAUGUAUGUUGUUUGAUUUUAGUUUUCCAUGUCCCACAGAUACCUGAUCACAACUGAAAAAUAACAUAAAGACAAUAUUGCCUCACUUCAAACACUUUUGUUUAUUACUUUAUUUAACUGAAUACAUGAUUAAGCUAUUGAAAAAAAAAAAGAAUAAUUAAACAUGGUAAUCUCUGAACAAAA